AUGGUAAAUGUAUCAGAUAUUCGAAUAAUCCACAAAAAUGCUGUUUUUUGUCGAUGUAAUCGAGGAUGGUCUGGAAGAUAUUGUACAACUCCACAUACUUCUAUAUGUUCUUCUGAUUCAAAAUCUAUUGGUUUAUCUAUUUACCAUCGAUCUAUAUGUGUUUGUCCUAGUAAUAAAUUUGGUUAUAGAUGUCUUCUUCCUGAUACAAUUUGUCAAAUGAACAAUAGUUUAACAUGUUACAGUGGUGGUCAAUGCGUUCCUAAUGAUGAAUAUGUAAUAUCGAAUCAUACAUUUACAUGUAUUUAUCCCAAAGGUUAUAUUAGUGAUCAAUAUGAAAUAGGUAAAAACAAAAUGAUUUUGUCAUUUGGAAAGAAAAUUGCUUUAUCUCAAUCGAUAUUUAUUCAUUUUCUACAAGUUAUUGAUAAUCUCAAACCAUUAAGAAUGACUAUUUUCCAAACGAUUUUUCUUGCUGAAAAUUCAAUUACAAUUUAUUGGUCACAAACAUUCCAUCUUAUGUUUAUUGAAUUCUUCAAGAACAAUUAUUAUUUAAUUGUUACUCAGACAAAUUUUCAACAAUCAAUAACAGCAAACAAAAUGGUAAAUCCAUCAGAUCGUUGCCAAUAUUUCAAUGAAUUAUUUAAUGAAACAUUUGUUAAAAUGCAUCCUAUUCGUCGUAUCAAAUAUUAUCAUUUAUCAUGUCGAAGAAAUUUAUCAGAUCUGUCUUGUUUUUACGAUGAUCAACGUAUUUGUUUCUGUUAUGAUUUUAAAAAAGAACGUUUAGCAAAUUGUUUUGAUUUUGAUCACAAUAUGAAAUCUGAUUGUUUAGGUCAAAGUGUUUGUGAAAGCGAAGAUAAAUUUUUUCAAAAUAGUCCAGAUUGUCCAAGAAGAUCAAUUUGCAUUUGUCCAGACUGUUUUUAUGGAGCACGAUGUCAAUUUAGUUCAAAUGGUAUUGAUUUAUCACUUGAUGCUCUUUUAGGUUAUCAUAUUCAACCAAAUAUUAGAAUUUUACAUCAGCCAAUUAUUGUCAAAAUAAGUUUAACUAUAACCGUAAUCCUUUUGAUUAUAGGAUUUAUCAAUAGAAUUUUGUCGUUAAUGACAUUCAAGAACUAA